CCAGAUUGCUUUCUUCCUUUCGGAGGUGCGGUUUCCAGAUGGUCACAAGCAGGCAGUCUCCAGCCUACACACACCAAGGCAGCUGAAAUUCUAAGUGCUGUCGUUCUCAGGUUCUGCAGCUCUCAGCCUCACCAAAUACGAUUCAUUUUUUUAACAAGAAGUCUUUUCCAACUAAAUCAACACAUCUACACACUUGAAAAGAAUGUAGAGUGUGUUGGAUUUGCUUGCUAUUAAGAAAUGUCACCCACUGGGAAAGCAUAAAAGGAUGCAGCUGUUUUUCCGAAGGAGCAUCUAGGAAAGCAUCUAUGAUAAGCUGACAAGGAGCUAAGAGAGCAUGAUGUCUAUGAUGUUUGGGAAAGCAAGAACUUGCAAUAUUGUACCUGAACAUGAACCUGCAGAGUGCAAUAUUGUAGUCCUGGGAGCAAUGGGCUCAGGCAAAUCAGCUCUCACUGUGAAGUUCCUCACAAAGCGUUUUAUUAGUGAAUAUGACCCAAACCUCGAGGACACUUAUUCCUCAGAAGAAAUGGUGGACCAACAACCAGUUGUGGUCAAAAUAAUGGACACAGCAGACCAGGAUGGACCAGUGAACUGUGAUCGCUACCUGGCCUGGGCCAGUGCAUUUCUCAUUGUCUAUAGCAUUGAUAACAGACUUAGUUUUGAAGUAUGCCAGCAGUAUGUGGAGGCCGUGACACUGUACACCAAAGGCCUGCAGCCUGAGGCUCCUAUCAUUUUAGUGGGCAACAAAUUGGACAUGGAGAGAUACAGACAAGUGAACAAGACAGAUGGUGAGACCCUGGCUACCCGUUUCGGCUGCCUGUUUUUUGAGGUGUCCGCCUGUCUGGACUUUGCAUCUGUAAGGAAUGUAUUUUAUAAAGCAGUCCGAGAGGUGAGGCGUGAGGCAGAGAGAAGCCUUUCACUCCGGUCUCUUUACAUCAGUGAAGACAAAGCACCAAUCAGCCUUUCCUCUGCCACACUUCUCUCACCCUGCUUUAAGGAACUGCCCACUCCGGCCACAGCCAAAUUGGUGACUGUGAAGUCCUCAAGAGCCCAGAGCAAGCGCAGAGCUCCUACACUUACCCUCCUUAAAGGCUUCAAGAUCUUUUGACUCAACACUGCUCCUUAUGGUGCUAGGAGAUGCACUAGCUUGUUAGACAUUGGCUUUCUGAUGACUUGCCACGAGGAUAACUUAGUACACAAUGUUAAGCUGUUUACUGUGUAUGCACCGUAUUCCGAUUAAAUUAGCAAAAGUAAAAGUA